AAAGUUCGUAGAGAUUUUCACAUUCUUAAGUUUAUUUUGGGAUGAGGGAGUGAGGGAGGGAGUGCCAACCCAGUGCCAGGUUGGUUGCUGGCACUGGGUGUGUUGUGCUCGAUACAUGAUUAUUCAUUUGUGAAUCUUAAAUUAAUUUAUCUUCAUAACAAUGGGGAAUUACAAGUCUAGACCCAAAUCUUGCUGUUCUCAAGAACUUCUGAAGAAGAUCUUAGAAAAUUAUGCUAUUUUAGAAGAGAAGCUGCAUGAAGACCUGCACGUGGGACAUGUUUAUGACUUCACAGACUUAGAGAAAAUCAUAUGCAAUGGAACAUCAGACCAGUUGGUAAAUCGUCUGGGUUCUGAAACUCUUAGUGAAAAAUCAGACAAUGGUGUGACUCUAAUGCAGCUCUGCUGCUUAUCCUCUGUAAGUUGGAAAAACGAUGAAAUUAAAGAGAAGAAGGAAGAUAAUGGAGCAGAUGUUGGGUCCCAGGCACCUUGUUUCCUUCAACUCGUGAAACCUUCUCGUGAGAAAGCUAAUCGGAAAGAUGGAAGUCAAGAGACCAGUCAGGACAAUAAAGGUGAACCAGAUGUUGGUAAACACUUGGCAAAAAUUCAGACAAACAAAGAGAUAAAAGAUCAGAUCCGCCUCUUGUUACAGAAGGGAGCAGAUCCUGCUAUUAUCAGUAAAAAUGGGUUCUCAGCUCUCCACCUGGCAUCUUAUAAGGGUGACAUUGACUUAGUGCGACUCUUCCUGGAGAAAUGCAACCAUCUGGACCACACAGGUGCAGGGAGUGUCACUGCUCUUCAUAUAUCCUGUCUUGCCGGUCAUCUACAAGUUACUCAAGCAUUGGCUCAACGUGGUGCUAAUAUUGAAGCCCGGGAUGCCGUGUCUUUCUCCCCGUUGCAUAUAGCCUGCUUGUUUGGAAAUGAAUCUGUCGUUGAAUAUUUGCUGUCUCGUGGGGUAGAUGUUAAUAUUGCGGGAUCUGUUGGUGACCGACCGCUACAUCUGGCUGCUACGAGGGGGUAUUAUAAGAUUGUACAAAUGCUUCUAAGAAAAGGAGCAAGAGUAAGACUCCAGGAUGAGGAAGGGAACACAGCUCUCCAUUGUUGUGUACAAAAUGGACAUUUCAGCAUUCUGAAUUUACUACUUCAACCUCAGUACCGCACUGAUGCUCACAUCUCCAAUGUUUAUCUUGAUACUCCUCUACAUGUUGCAUGUUACUAUGGCUGGAUUGAGUGUGCCAAGGCUCUGCUAACAUAUGGUGGGUCAAGUCUGCUCCUGAGAGAGAAUAUGUGGGGAGAAACUGCUCUACAUGCAGCAUGUACUGGAGGACAGUGUAUAGACCUGGUGGACUAUCUGUUGAGCCAAGAUGCUACCUCAGUGAACUACCAGAGCCCAGAUGGUCACACCCCCCUGCACUCUGCAUGUUAUCACGGACACACAAGAAUAGUUCAGCUGCUUCUGAGUCACGGAGCGGACAUCAACCUCACGGCUCAUGAUCGUUUUAAUAAUUCUGAAAAAAAGGAGGAGCAGACUCCCCUGAUGUGGGCAUAUGACAGAGGUCAUGAUGAUAUUGCCAACUUCCUUAAACACUUCCGUCGUCCAGGGCUCUAUGAGGAUUAUGCCAGAGGAGAUUAUUUAUCUGGGUUGGACACUUCUUAUUUUCCCAUUCCAUCUCCUAUUGGGAAGCUGAGGACGAUGGUUCAAGAGAAGAUAGAUGUGCUUCACCUGCGGUCAGUGUUACCACCGCAUCUUCACCUUAGUCUCUCUGAGAUAGAGAGCCUAGAAAACAUAAGCUCUGGCUCAUUUGGUAAAGUCUACAAAGGAAAAUACAAUGACAAGAUUGUGGCCGUCAAAAGGUACAGAGCCCACCUGUCGUACGGAAAAAGUGACGUUGAGAUGUUUUGCCGUGAAGUCUCUGUUCUUGGGUCUUUGGAUUCUCCGUAUAUUGUCAAAUUUGUUGGGGCUUGUCUACAUGACCCCAGUCAAUUUGCCAUAGUUACUGAAUAUGUACCUGGAGGCUCUCUCUUCAGCACACUACAUGAACAGAAAAGGUCGAUAGAUACCAUAACAAGGUUUAAUAUUGCCAUAGAUGUAGCAAAUGGCAUGUACUACCUUCACACUCUCCCACAACCAAUUAUACAUAGAGAUUUAAACUCUCAUAAUAUUCUUCUCAACAAUGAGUGUCGUGCCAGAGUUGCUGAUUUUGGGGAGUCUCGAUUUGUACGCAACAUCUUCGAGGAGAAUAUGACGAAGCAGCCGGGUAACCUUCGCUGGAUGGCCCCUGAAGUGUUUACUCAGUGUACCAGAUACUCCAUCAAAGCAGACGUUUUCUCUUUUGGGCUGUGUUUGUGGGAACUUCUGGCUUCUGAACUUCCUUUUGCUCAUCUGAAACCUGCUGCUGCUGCUGCUGACAUGGCAUACAGACACAGUCGACCACCGUUAGAAUUGGCUUUCCCAGUGGAGGUAUCAGUUCUUCUAGAAAAAGCUUGGCACAAGGUGCCUGAGGAACGGCCAAAUUUUUCUCAGAUAAUAGAAGAAUUAGAAAUUUUGUGCAAGUCUCAAAAAUCGGCUCUGCAGGAUGGAGGAGACCUCGUCCACCCACACCAUCACCUACAUGCCUGCUGUGCCACUUGUUCAGUUGGCUCACCAACAGGCAGUACCACGCCCCCUGAUGCUUCUCAACACACCAAUUCAGAGCUUUCUGGUAGGACCCCAGCUUCCUCCCCCCCACUGCACUCGUUCUAUUGGAAUGGUCAUGUGACAGCACUACGAACUAGGUGGGAGCAGGAAGCGAGUCGAGGUCAAACAGCAUUCAAAUCAUCUCAUCCCACAAUUGAAGAACUUAGAAGUCGCAUGAAUAACAAUGGUUAUGUAGAAGGCAAUACUUACCAGUACCGCAUUGCCCCUGUUUUUAGCAAGCAUCGGUCAUCACUGACUUCUGCCUUUCACUCCACUGGCAUCACUAGUACUGACACUAGGCAGUCUUUUAGGGGCCAUUUCACACAGAAACACUAAUGUUUUGAGAGUACAACACGAGAUGCUGCCUGGGGUGACUCGUUGUGCUGCGGGAAAAGGCUUGCAAGCUAGCCACCAUAGCCACCAUCUGCUUACCGCGAAUCGUCGAAAUCGCGAAUGGCAAGGGUGUACUGUAUUUGUCAAAAAAACUAAAUAAAAAUUCAUUUCUUAUGACAGCCAAAUGCUUGUGGUCUUAUCUAUAAAAAAGUGCACUUGCUCAAUCAUACAAUAGUGGAGAGAACAUUUAAAUCUUAUGUUUUGUAGGAUUUUUCUUAAUAACAGGGUAUGUAUGGAGUUAGUACCAUUAACAGUGAUGCAUGAAGGCUUUGUGGUACAUAAUAUUACUGUACGUAAUGAUAAUUCUGCUUUCCUCAUUAAUGUAUAUUUCUAUUUAUUUGUUAUUCAAUUUUAUAUUUCACUUUAUUAUAUUUAUAUUUUUAAUACAUUAUCUGUAUCCAUUUACAUUUUUCUUGUAUUUAAAACAAAACUUAAGUAGGUUUCCUAGAUUCUUUUUCACACUUAAGGGCAUUAAACCCUUUGAGUAUGAUGACAUUGUAUUCAAAGGCUUAAGUCAUUGUUGUCAAGGGGUAAACUACACACACACUCACAGAAACCUUCGAGAUGACGAGAAAAAAAAAAUUCUACACAGGGUGCUGGAUUUAGGCCUGUGGGUGUCCUAUGCAGUUCAGACAAGUGGGAACUCUGAGCCUCACACGACUUUAUUUUUGUAACACAUCCAUAAGUAAAUUUCUAAUGUGCGGACCAAUACUAUGAUUACCCUAAAACAUAAACAAAAUGCCUGCAAAAAAAAAUUUUUUUUUGAUAACCCUGGACCUAGAAUAUGGGAAAUUUAUAUUUACCUUAAACCUCUGAGUAAGCAAGGGCAUAUCGUAGCUUAUGUCCCCCCCUCCCCAACCCAAGUUUGCCAAAUAUGUACAGUACUGUAUUUACAACAACGGAAAACAAACUACCGCACCCAAUGAUAUAAAAAUAAACCUAAGAAGCUAUUUUUUUUAAUUUCUUUUCUAUAUUUAAAUUUAGGUACAAUGGAAGUUGGUAUUUUAUUUUCCUUAGUAGACUCAGAAGCCUCACAGUAAAUGCACAUUGUUACUACUACAGCAUUACCAUAACACUGCUCAGUAUUAAUGUAACUCAUAUCUUAAUUUUCAUCAACUUCAACCAUCCUGGAAGCUGUAUAUAUUCAGCUUAAGGAUAAGAUCUCUUAAUCUCUCCUCUUUGCUUCUCUAUUUAAAAUGUUAAUAUUUUAUCAUGACAGAUUUAAUAAUAAACAACUAUGAAUGAAAAUGACAAGGGGAAAGUUGGCCCAGCAAAUUCUGUGUCGUGGAAUAGUGACUAUGGUUCAUUUCCUUCACAAGUACUAACAGAUUAACCCUGUAAGAAAUAUUCAUACGUAACCAAUCAUAAAAGUACAUAAAAAAAGAUGAUCACAGACACAAUAUCUUUUCUCCCCACGACACACAAACACAAUACCGUGGAGUCAUGAUAAUUUGCGGGUUAGGUACCAGAAGACACCGUGAAUUGUCAAAUUGCGAAUUAUAAUUUAAUUGAUUUAAAUGGAAAUAAGUACCGGUAAUUAAGUUCUGGAGGCCAAAAAAAUAUGUAUAAACGUUCCCAAAGCCGCUUUAAUAAACAGUAAAUAUCAUACAUAAUACUAUAUAAAAAAUACAGUAACAGAUAUUGUACAAAAAGUAGUUCUGUAUUACAUGAACAACUCCUUCCAAUACACCAAUAUCGAGACAAACAGGCACCGGGCUGGUUGGAUGGCUAACUGUUUGAAGUGUAAAAAAAGCAUCAAGAAUUUAAUGAGACAAUAACUCAUCUGGGGUUCAGUGUGGGAUUUUUUUGUUAUUUUUUUCCCCUGGGAAAAUUGACUAUUUAUUGAUAAUGUUUUUAGCAAGGCACCAAAUGAACCUAAAUAAAACAGGAAUUGUAGCGAAAUUGCAUACUGAUGGGAUCGUGGGGUGACGGAGCCUCUGGUAGCAGAGGGAGGGAAUUUUCCAGUGCAGCCAGCCCAACCUCCCAUCUCUCCCACACAGAAUUCACUUUCCAGGCUUAAUUUUUCUUAUUUUUUUAGUUUGUUAUAUUUUAUUUAUUUCAAAGUCACAUUAGAGCAUUGAAAUAACAUUUCCACAACCUUUAUGGUUUCUUAUGUAAAUAAACACUGCAGCAGCCCCACUCGGCUGCAAAUUAAUUAUGAAUGUUUGACCCCAAAAUUAAAAAAAUUAAAAACUAGUAUUACAGGUACGGUAUUUUUCAAAUUAUUGCAACUCCACUGUAUCUUUUCUCCAUGAUGACAAAGAAACACAACAUCUUUUCUUCACAUUUAAUCUACUGUCAGGCACAUAGAAUCAAAAUGAAACCGGCCAAAGCUCGAGUUAAACUUCUAACCUACUUCUCAUCUUCCAUAAAUAAAUAAUAAAAAUAAUCUAAAACAUUGCAUAAUAGUGCAUAACUCUUGGCCAAGCUUCACAAAAUAAUGAUAAUAAUAAUAAUAAUAAAAUGUUGUACUGUAAUUCAUAAUAUCUUUUAAGAAAUAUACAAUUUUACCAUUUGUUUUAAAAUACAUAUUAAUGAAGAGUUUACCAUAAUAUACAGUUUAGGUCAUAGUAAAGUUCCACAUAUGCAGUCGGUCUGAAAAAAAAAAAAAAAACAAUUGCAUGAAAAAUCUUGGAUUAUAAAGUUCUUUUCAUUCGCUCUGUAAGCAGCCACAUGUUAUUGUAAAACUAGUGACAGUAUAAACACAAUGAUUUUAUUCACAUAUGUAUAAAAAAAAAAAAAAAAUCUAAGCGAGUGAUGUGUCAUACCACACUUUAACAUACAGAGACAAAGGCCAUCGUCAUAAAGGAUUCCAAAGAUAUCUAUGUAGCUUAUUGCACUUUUGAAUGGAGCAGCAAAACAAAAUAACAAGGGGGGGGGGGGGAUGCAGACCUUUAAAAGCAACACGGUACGGUAUAUAUAUGUGUGAAAUGACUAGAAAAUCAUAUCUUGCAUUGUGGGCCAAAUGUAAUCAAAUGUGCUUCAAAUGACAGUGAAUACCGGAGUGAAAAAAUGCGUGCAAGAUAUUUUCGCUAAUCGUGUCACAAGUACAUUUGUAAGGAAUGGAAAUGAAAUAUGAGAAAUAAUAAUAAAUCUCUGAAAGAAAUAUAAAAACAAAAAACUCUCUCAUUAGGCGUCAAAAUGUAAACUAUAUCAAUCUAGUCUGAAUAAAAUGUUUGAAUACAUAAAAACGUUUUCUAGGUUUGCUACCACUGACUCUUGGAGCUUUUAUGCCAUUUAGUGCUAUGGUACAGUUUCUGUGUUACUGCAACUCUUGGUAACAUUCUCUCUGGAUAAUGGCAAUAAAGACUUUUGGUUCUAAUUUUUGUAUAAAGGGAUUAAAAUUAUUUGCCUUUAAUGUUUUUGUAAACUGAACAAAUCUUGAACUGGAAGAUCAACACAAAAAAAAUGCCUAAUAAGUUCAUUUUCAAUCUAGCAUUAAAUAACAAGAGUAAAAUGCAGUCAUUAACAUCUGCUCCAUGAGAGGAACAUUUUUUUUAAUACACUGCUAUACUAUAUCACCAAAUAUUCUUUACUCAAUGACAGCAAAAACAAAUAAAUAUGUUCAAAGCAUUAACCGAAGCUCGAACACUGCCAAUCACUUUAUAUACAGUAUUAGAAUAACAAGUGGCUCCUGCAUCAACUAUAGGGAGUGAGGCCAACUGUAUACAGCAGUAGUGCCUCUUGGACAAGCGUGAUUACUGAUAUACCGGGUAAUUGUAGAAAUAUUAGUAACCAAUUCUAUUUUUUUUUUUUCAA